AUGAUUUUCCCAGAGCUAGAGGAGGAGUCUCCCAUCAUCAACUGGUCCUUGGAGCUGGGUACCAGGCUGGACAGCAGACUGUAUGCCCUGUGGAACCGUACACAGGGAGACUGCCUGUUAGACUCAGUACUGCAAGCUACCUGGGGGAUAUACGACAAGGACUCAGUCCUCCGCAAGACCCUCCACGACAGCCUGCAUGACUGCUCUCACUGGUUCUACACACGGUGGAAGGAGUGGGAGUCCUGGUAUUCUCAGAGCUUUGGUCUCCACUUCUCCCUCCGAGAAGAACAGUGGCAGGAGGACUGGGCCUUCAUACUCUCUCUGGCCAGCCAGCCUGGUGCCAGCCUGGAACAGACUCACAUCUUUGUUCUAGCCCACAUUCUUCGUCGACCAAUCAUCGUGUACGGAGUGAAGUAUUACAAGAGUUUCCGUGGAGAAACGUUAGGCUACACUCGUUUCCAAGGUGUGUACUUGCCCCUGUUGUGGGAGCAGAGCUUCUGUUGGAAAAGUCCCAUCGCCCUGGGUUACACACGCGGACACUUCUCUGCCCUGGUCGCCAUGGAGAACGACGGCUACGACAAUCGCGGCGCGGGCGCUAACCUCAACACUGACGAUGACGUCACCGUAACCUUCCUGCCGCUGGUGGACAGCGAGAGAAAACUGCUGCACGUACAUUUCCUGUCUGCACAAGAGAUGGGUAACGAGGAGCAGCAGGAGAAGUUGUUGAGGGAGUGGCUGGACUGCUGUGUAACGGAGGGAGGCAUGUUGGCCGCAAUGCAGAAGUCGUCCCGUCGACGCAACCACCCACUGGUCACACAAAUGGUGGAGAACUGGCUGGAUGGAUACCGACAGAUCUGUCCCUGCGCCUCUCUCUCCGACGGGGAGGAGGAGGAGGAGGAGGAGGAAGAUGAGUGAAGGAGGGAAGGACACGGUGACACAGACACGGGAGAGGGUGACCAAGAGGAGGAUGUGGCGUCACUGGAUGGGACUCGAGACCACUAGCAUCCUUCAUACGGUACCAUACGCCUCCUCACCUCAGAGAGAGAGGAUCCACGGUCUUCUGCGCUGCCGUCUGAGGCUGUAUCCCAAAGCACAUAGGGUUCUGGUCAAAAAAAGUAGUGCGCACUAUAUAGGGGAAUAGGUUGGCAUUUGGGAUGCAGGCGGAGCGAUCAAUGGUCUUUCACUCUGCCGUCUCAGAAGCACUGAAGAGAGGAGACCUGCUCUGGUUCUGAAAGAACUCUUGGAACACAUUCUAGAAUCUCCUCAACAAAACCAUGGCAACAACAAUGGGUGCGUUCGUAAAUUCACUCUGGAGGGCGUUGUCAGUUCGUAAAUUCACUCUGGAGGGCGUUGUCAGUUCGUAAAUUCACUCUGGAGUGCGUUGUCAAUUCGUCAAUUCACUCUGGAGUGGAGUGCGUUGUCAGUUCGUCAAUUCACUCUGGAGUGCGUUGUCAGUUCGUAAAUUCAGAGGGCACACUGGAACGCUCUGGCCGAGGAGUAGGGUUGAUCUGAACGUCCUGACCUCACAACGGCAAUCAAGCACACAAGCUAACUGGCUAAAGUUGGUUAGCUUGCUAGCUACUUCCAGACACAUAAUGAGAGAACACCUCACUCACUGACCAUUUUACUCCCCCAAGCAGAGCUGGUUAGGCUGUUUACAUGUUAUCCAGAGCGUUGGUGACUGUAACUGUGCUGCUGGAAACAAUUUAAUUACGUUUUCUUUUUGCAGAGGUUUUACUGACACCGGUCAUAUUCAACGGGUGUGUUGCGUGUUUAUAAAUGAAUCAGUUAUUCUCUCACACCGACGACAUUCUGUUCUGAAAUGGGAGUCGACAACCAGAGGGACUUUACGAACGCACCCAAGGACAAACAACUAACCACCAAGUAGCCACCCAUAUUAUUUCAAAUAAAGAACUAUAGUUUGUGAAAUGUUAAUCGUCUUUAAAAUAUUUACUGUUUUUUUUUCCUCCCAUUUUCCCCGGAGUGUAAUUAUUUAUCCAUCAUUGAUAAUAAUGCAUGAGUUGUAUAAAUGGUGUACUAGGAAACAAUGUGAUUACCAGCAUCAAAGUGGAAGACAGGAAUCCUCAUUGACUAUCACUACUACGGACAUCUACCUACGAAACCACAUGACUUAAUACAUUUUUCUCUCUAUUUUUUCUGCUGCCUGUUUUGUUAUUGAGAAUACUUGCCGUUUUCAAUCCCCCAUCCACCGGAGAGAAGUAAGCGCUAUAUUUAGGAAGCCGUAGUGUAUAUUUAAAGAAACUUAAAGGACGCCUGAAAAUUAAACUGUUCUAUUUAGAAGAUUGUAAAUGCGAACUGAAUUUAUCUUAAAGUUAAAGCAGAGCUAUUAAAGAGACUUCUCAUCCCACAAUGUGUCUACAAGGUUCACCAGGAAGAGACUUCUCAUCCCACAAUGUGUCUACAAGGUUCACCAUGAAGAGACUUCUCAUCCCACAAUGUGUCUACAAGGUUCACCAGGAAGAGACUUCUCAUCCCACAAUGUGUCUACAAGGUUCACCAGGAAGAGACUUCUCAUCCCACAAUGUGUCUACAAGGUUCACCAGGAAGAGACUUCUCAUCCCACAAUGUGUCUACAAGGUUCACCAGGAAGAGACUUCUCAUCCCACAAUGUGUCUACAAGGUUCACCAGGAAGAGACUUCUCAUCCCACAAUGUGUCUACAAGGUUCACCAGGAAGAGACUUCUCAUCCCACAAUGUGUCUACAAGGUUCACCAGGAAGAGACUUCUCAUCCCACAAUGUGUCUACAAGGUUCACCAGGAAGAGACUUCUCAUCCCACAAUGUGUCUACAAGGUUCACCAGGAAGAGACUUCUCAUCCCACAAUGUGUCUACAAGGUUCACCAGGAAGAGACUUCUCAUCCCACAAUGUGUCUACAAGGUUCACCAGGAAGAGCAUCUGUUUUUCUGGAUCCUUUAUCCCUUCUGCAAAAAUCCUUUAAAAAGUUGGAUGGUUAAAACUGUGUUUAGGAGAGCGAGGGAGAGCUAGAGCGAGGGAGAGAGAGCGAGAGAGGAACAGGGAGAGAGAGGGAGGCACAGGGAGAGAGAGCGAGAGAAGCACAGGGAGAGCGAGAGAGAGAGGGGCACAGGGAGAGCGAGGGAGAGCGAGAGAGAGGGGCACAGGAAGAGAAGAGCGAGAGAGAGAGGGGCACAGGAAGAGCGAGAGAGAGAGGGGCACAGGGAGAGAGAGAGAGAGAGCACAGGAAGAGCGAGAGAGAGAGGGGCACAGGGAGAGAGAGAGAGAGAGAGAGAGGAGCACAGGGAGAGAGAGAGAGAGAGAGGGGCACAGGGAGAGAGAGAGAGAGGGGCACAGGGAGAGAGAGAGAGAGGGGCACAGGGAGAGCGAGAGAAGUUGGAUGGUAAAAAUAUUUAUUUGUUUAGGAGAGAGAGGCAGCGAGAGGGCUGGGGGGGCAGAGAGAGAUGAGUUUGAUACUUUAUUCUGCUCUUGGUUUUUCCUGUGUUUUGUUUGAUUAUUUCCAUCCUUUCUGUGAGGAGAAAACCUGUUCGAGUUGGGGGCCAUUUGUUAGUGUUAAGUCAUUGGAGAAAACCUGUACGAGUUGGGGGCCAUUUGGUAGUGUUAAGUCAUUGGAGAAAACCUGUUCGAGUUGGGUGCCAUUUGUUAGUGUGAUGUAUUAAGUCAUUGAUGUUCCAGCGGAGGAUCGAUAUCAUGGUGGGAGAAGAGAUGGGCCUUAAAUAACUCAGCUGAUUUUCUAAAAAGGAGUCCAUUAAAGGGACAGUUCACCCAAAUGACAAAAUCACACAAUUGAUUUGCUUUACCCUGUAAGCAGUCUAAUGGAAAAAGGUAUGACGGCAAUCCAUGAUUUGGUUUUAAUUUCCUGACACUGUUUUAGCAUUUUGGCACAAAUCCCAUUCACGUUGUUAGCAUUUUUUGGGCACAAAUCCCAUUCACGUUGUUAGCAUUUUUUUGGCACAAAUCCCAUUCACGUUAUUAGCAUUUUUUUGGCACAAAUCCCAUUCACGUUGUUAGCAUUUUUUGGGCACAAAUCCCAUUCACGUUGUUAGCAUUUUUUUGGGCACAAAUCCCAUUCACGUUGUUAGCAUUUUUUUGGCACAAAUCCCAUUCACGUUAUUAGCAUUUUUUUGGCACAAAUCCCAUUCACGUUGUUAGCAUUUUUUUGGCACAAAUCCCAUUCACGUUGUUAGCAUUUUUUUGGCACAAAUCCCAUUCACGUUGUUAGCAUUUUUUGGCCACAAAUCCCAUUCACGUUAUUAGCAUUUUUUUGGCACAAAUCCCAUUCACGUUGUUAGCAUUUUUUGGGCACAAAUCCCAUUCACGUUGUUAGCAUUUUUUUGGGCACAAAUCCCAUUCACGUUGUUAGCAUUUUUUUGGCACAAAUCCCAUUCACGUUGUUAGCAUUUUUUUGGCACAAAUCCCAUUCACGUUGUUAGCAUUUUUUUGGCACAAAUCCCAUUCACGUUGUUAGCAUUUUCUGGCAUCGUGUCCAAAUCAUCUGAAAGUAUCUCACUUUACAGCAAAGAUGUUCUAUUAUAUUGACAAGAUAAUUGAGUGGGACCAUUCUAGCCAAUGAGAGGGCAGAUACGCGUGUGAACAACAGGCACAACUCCCAUAUAAAGUUGUUGUUGUUUUUCACAGUUGCCACGGCGUCCAUUUAUAACAGUGCAUUUGUAACAACCUCACAUGCUGACUAGACCGAUGCAGAUGCGCGUUGGCAGUUUGGAAAUAGAGCCAAGUAGCCAAACAGAAGCUCAUUGAUGUGCGCAAGUAGUUUAGGUGACGUGCUGCAAGCCACUCCCAUCUACUCAUUGGUUUUUAGGAGCAUAUAUACCCAAGAUUGAAAGAUGAACUGAAGUCCACACUCCAGUCCAGUUGAUGGUGGUAAUGCACCUUAAAGUUGGUUACCAACCGCCAUAUAAAGUCCACAGAGGAAGAAGAUGAUGAUGAUAAUGAUUACUAUAAACCAACUCGGGUUCCCCUUUUAUCUGUGGAUUAAUUGUCCGAGUAGAGAACACACGGUGUAGUGUGACUCAAAAUGGGUCAAAAUUCUAGAAAGAUCCAGAAAAAUAGGAUCUUGUACAUUUCAGGUAAACUAACAACCCAAUGUUUAUAUCCCAGGACAAAUUAGCUAGCAACAGUGAGCUAGCUAGCCAAAUGUCCAUUACUGUAAUGUUUAUAUCCCAGGACAAAUUAGCUAGCAACAGUGAGCUAGCUAGCCAAAUGUCCAUUACUGUAAUGUUUAUAUCCCAGGACAAAUUAGCUAGCAACAGUGAGCUAGCUAGCCAAAUGUCCAUUACUGUAAUGUUUAUAUCCCAGGACAAAUUAGCUAGCAACAGCGAGCUAGCUAGCCAAAUGUCCAUUACUGUGUAGGUUGGUUCAGAGUUUGUUUUGGUAUUUCAACCUACGAGUCCAGAUUUGCGUCUGGUGUGGAUGUACCAAAUCAACAUACGGGCGAUGGCUCUAGUCUGCAUAUAAACCUCACGUAGGAAAUUAGCAGUUCACUUUUUUGCUGACAAUCCGACACUUAUUGAGAGAUUUCGGGGCGAAGUAAACCCUCUCGUUUUGCCUCUCAUCUUCUGCUAGAUGAUUGGUACAUACCGUAAUGCUAACAUCGGCACCAUGACUCGAAUGAGAUGUGUGCCACAAAUGCUAAAACGUUAGCAUUGGGAAACAGUGGCAGGUAAAAGAAACGGAGGAACUUAUUGAAGAAAAAUCCAGUGUAAUAUAUUAUAAAAAAUAAAGCGAACUGGAUGGAAUAUGAACAUAGAAAUGCUACCAAAAAUAAGUUACUGAAACUAAAAUGAUGUAAUUACCAAACAAUAUUUUGAAAGAGGAAGUAAAGUACUUUAAGCAUA